GCCCCCCCGCCCCCGCCACACACACACAAACUGGUAAGGCCCCGGUGAAGGGUAUAUGGGUGUUCACAGUACUAUUUUUUCUUUGAACUUUUCUUUAAAUUUUUUUUGACAAAUUUUAGGUGGAAAGAAAACAACCGCCCCCCGCCCAUGCCAUGGAAGGAAAAUGCUGGAGGCCAGGUGCGGCGCUGAGCUGUCCUCGCCUCAGAGCUCACCUCUGCAAAAUGGUCGUCCCCCUGAGAGGUCCUUGUGAGAGGCCUGGGGAGAAUAAAGAUCUGAAGGAAGAGGCGAUAGCAGCCGCAGGGUGUUUUGCAGGGAUCCCGGAGGCCGACAGUUGUUCAGACGCAGAUUUGGACUCUGACCCGGAGACAGAAGACUCCCACAGACUUAGAGAACCAGUCAGGGAUGUCUUCUACUUGGGGUCUUGCCAGACCCAUAGCAUUGUGCCCACCAUCUGUUUUCUCCACCAAGGGUGUGCAGAAUUGAAGCUGAGGCAUCGUGGUCUGGGACCCCAGGGGGCACAGGCUCUGGCUUCCACAUUGACCUCCAAUCCCUACAUUAAGCGACUGGAUCUUCGGGACAAUGGGCUCUGUGGGGCUGGUGCAGAGGCCCUGGCAGAUGUCCUCAGCAAAAACAGAAGCAUAUGUGAUGUGGAUUUGUCGGAGAAUCAGCUUGGAGUGGCAGGAGCACAGGUCCUCUGUGCUGCCUUCAAAGUGAACCAGGCUGUGCAGAAGAUACAGCUGGCAGGGAAUGGCCUGGAGGAGAAGGCAGCCCAGUACCUUGCUGAACUUCUGCUGGUCCACACGGGCCUGAAAUCCCUGGAUGUCAGCUAUAACCAGCUGAAUGACCAAGCAGGAGAGACACUUGGACCUGCCUUGGCAGAAAACCCAGGACUAACAGAACUUAACAUAAGCUGGAAUCACCUCCGAGGUCCAGGAGCCAUAGCGUUUGCCAGGGGACUAGAGGCAAACAUCUUCCUGAAAGUCCUAGACAUCUCUUUUAAUGGUUUUGGAGAUUCUGGAGCCUCUGCAGUGGGUGAGGCCCUCAAGGCCAACAACGUGUUGGAGGAACUCAACAUGAGCAACAACCGAAUCUCUACCAUGGGAGCCCAGAGCCUGGGAUUGGGUCUCCGGGUCAACCAGACAUUGAAGAUUCUUGUUGUAUCCAGGAAUCCCAUGCAAACUGAAGGCUGCUCUCAUCUCCUCAAGUCUGUCCGGGACAAUCCAGCAUCUGCACUAAAUCUGCUUGAUUUCUCUCGCGAGUGUAUCUCCAUCCACGUGGGGCAGGCGGGUGUCCAGAUCGGCAAUGCCUGCUGGGAGCUGUACUGCCUUGAACAUGGAAUUCAGCCCGAUGGUCAGAUGCCAAGUGACAAAACCAUCGGUGGCGGGGAUGACUCGUUCAACACGUUCUUCAGCGAAACCGGGGCUGGCAAGCACGUGCCCAGAGCAGUGUUUGUGGACCUGGAACCCACUGUGGUUGAUGAAGUGCGCACGGGGACCUACAGGCAGCUCUUCCACCCAGAGCAGCUGAUCACCGGGAAGGAAGAUGCAGCCAAUAAUUAUGCCAGAGGCCAUUACACCAUUGGCAAGGAGAUCGUGGACCUGGUCCUGGACCGGAUCCGCAAACUGGCGGAUCUGUGCACGGGACUGCAGGGCUUCCUCAUCUUCCACAGCUUCGGGGGCGGCACCGGCUCUGGGUUUGCUUCCCUGCUCAUGGAGCGGCUGUCAGUGGACUAUGGCAAGAAGUCCAAGCUGGAAUUUGCCAUCUACCCAGCCCCGCAGGUGUCCACGGCCGUGGUAGAGCCCUACAACUCCAUCCUGACGACCCACACGACCCUCGAACACUCUGACUGUGCCUUCAUGGUGGACAACGAAGCCAUCUAUGACAUCUGUCGGCGCAACCUGGACAUCGAGCGUCCCACGUACACCAACCUCAAUCGUCUGAUCGGGCAGAUCGUGUCCUCCAUCACGGCCUCCCUGCGGUUCGACGGGGCCCUGAACGUGGACCUGACGGAAUUCCAGACCAACCUGGUGCCAUACCCCCGCAUCCACUUCCCCCUGGCCACCUAUGCCCCGGUCAUCUCGGCCGAGAAAGCCUACCACGAGCAGCUCUCGGUGGCUGAGAUCACCAAUGCCUGCUUUGAGCCGGCCAACCAGAUGGUGAAGUGUGACCCUCGCCACGGCAAGUACAUGGCCUGCUGCAUGUUGUACAGGGGGGACGUGGUCCCCAAAGACGUCAAUGCGGCCAUCGCCACCAUCAAGACCAAGCGCACCAUCCAGUUUGUGGAUUGGUGCCCCACUGGCUUUAAGGUGGGCAUCAACUACCAGCCCCCCACAGUGGUGCCCGGAGGAGACCUGGCCAAGGUGCAGCGGGCUGUGUGCAUGCUGAGCAACACCACUGCCAUCGCAGAGGCCUGGGCCCGCCUGGACCAUAAGUUCGAUCUCAUGUAUGCCAAGCGGGCCUUUGUGCACUGGUACGUAGGAGAAGGCAUGGAGGAAGGGGAAUUCUCAGAGGCCCGAGAGGACCUGGCAGCACUGGAGAAGGAUUAUGAAGAGGUGGGUGUGGAUUCUGUGGAAGCAGAAGCUGAAGAAGGGGAAGAAUACUGAUUGGGAGAGUGUGAGUGGCAACUCUCCCUUUCUCUCUCUCUCUCUCCCGGGCGCACACACUGUAACAUUUACAGGAUAUAUUUACCUAUUAAAAUUUGUAUA